AUGCCUGUUGUGAAUUUAUUAUUAAUUGAUGAUCAAAAUAUGUAUUCAUGUCCAAUAUUUCUACGUCAUUUACAUGUUGCUAUUGUUAAAUUUCACUUUUAUUUACUUUAUAAAGAACUUGUUGAAGACGUUUUAGGUGAUGCUCUUCUUAUUAUGGGAUCACUUGAAGUAAAUCAUAUACGACAAUUAUUACGUUUAAUUGAUCCAAUAUCAUUUAGAUUUGAAAAUGAUAAUCAAUUUCAAUAA